AUGAAGAUAUUCAGGGCGCAAGGUAAUCCUUGUGCCACAGCUCCGUAUAUAUUUCUCGUGCAGUUGCUCCUUCUCUGCCUGUGUUUAUUCUGCACCGGUUCCGCCCAAUCCAGCCUUACCAAAUGCCCUGGCAGCUCCGUCAACAUCCCAUCCCCUUUCAACAUCCCUGACAACUCGAGCAUCUCGAGGAAUCCAGGCUUCGACAUAUCAUGUGAAUCAACAGGGCCAAUGAUAUCGCUCGGUCGCAAGCAGUACAGGGUCCUGGGCAUCUCGCUGCUCCAGGGCUAUGUACGUGUAACCGGUCACACCGUCUACACCCAGUGCCAGCAGAACGCUGGCCCGGUGACCACAAACUUCAUUGACCUUCGGGGCACGCCUUUCACCUUCUCACACACACUUAACAAGUUCACCGUCGUUGGCUGUGACUCCAUGGCCAUGAUACAAAGCCCGGACGUAACGAGUCGGUACAGGGGAGGCUGCGUGUCGUUCUGCGCUUCCGAGGGAAGCAUCACCAGUGGCGCAUGCUCUGGGGUGGGCUGCUGUCAAGCUUCAGUGCCCGAGGAACUCAAGGUACUGAAGUUAGAGUUUACCAGCAUACGGAGCCAGCUCCUGCAGUCCUCCGGAUCUUUGGGGAACAUCAGUAAAAGCAGUAGCGCAUGGUGCAGCAAGGCGUUCAUUGUGGACCAAGGUUCCUAUGUGUUCUCCAGGGAUCACUUGGACAGAAACCUGACAAACCUGCCAAUGGUACUUGACUGGUCUAUAUCCGGCGGCAACUGCUCAGAGGCGCGUAGUGCGCCUCAGACCUACAUGUGCAAGGAGAACACCGAUUGUUAUACCGUGGCAAAUAACACUGCAUACCGCUGCAACUGUUCUGAAGGUUUCACUGGGAACCCUUAUCUGGGAUGCCAAGAUAUUGAUGAAUGCAAAGACGAAAAUAAGUAUCCCUGCACGCACAGGUACAAGUGCAUCAACACAGUUGGUGGUUUUAACUGUGCAUGCCCCAUGGGCAUGACGGGGGAUGGUAAGAAGCAGGGCACUGGGUGCAAAAGAGAUACAACGCUACUGAUUGCUGCAGGUGGAGGCCUGCAUUUGCUGCUUGUCCUCCUCAUGCUCGGAUUCUGGACCCACUGGCUUUUCACGAAGAGAAAGCUUGCGAAGAUAAGACAGAAAUACUUUUUGCAGAAUGGUGGCAUGAUCCUGAAGCAGCAGAUGUUUUCUCAGAGGGCGCCGUUGAGGAUAUUCACCUCUAGCGAGCUUGAAAAGGCAACCAACAGAUUCAGUGAUGACAACAUAGCUGGCCGAGGUGGGUUUGGAACGGUCUACAAAGGCAUACUAUCUGAUCAAAUGGUUGUGGCGAUCAAGAAGGCGCAGCGAGUUGAUCAGAGCCAGGUGGAACAAUUCGUUAAUGAGAUGGUCAUUCUCUCACAAGUGAACCAUGAGAAUGUGGUCCAGCUAGUUGGUUGUUGUCUCGAGUCAGAAGUUCCAUUGUUGGUUUAUGAAUUCAUCACCAACGGGGCCCUUUUUCACCACCUCCACAACACAUCAGCCCCGAUGUCGUGGAAGGAACGCCUAAGGAUUGCAGUGGAAACUGCAACAGCACUUGCCUACUUGCACAUGGCCACAGAAAUGCCAAUUAUUCACAGAGAUGUCAAGUCGUCAAACAUACUCCUUGACGAGAGCUUCACGGCGAAGGUCUCCGAUUUUGGUGCUUCGAGGCCAAUGGCCCAUAAUCAGACCCAUGUGACGACCUUAGUGCAGGGGACACUGGGGUACAUGGACCCUGAGUACUUCCAGACAAGCCAACUGACAGAGAGAAGUGACGUCUAUAGCUUUGGUGUAGUACUUAUCGAGCUAUUGACAAGGCAGAAACCAAUAUUUGGCGGUAAGAUGGAUGAGGUGAGAAGCCUAGCAUUGCAUUUCAGUAUACUAUUCCAUGAGAACCGGUUGUCCGAAAUUGUAGAUCCUCAGGUAGACAAGGAAGCUGGGGCUAGACAUGUUAAAACUGUGGCACAGCUGGCCUUGCGUUGCUUAAGGCUGAAAUGUGAGGAGAGGCCAAGGAUGGUAGAGGUUGCAGUCGAACUUGAAGCGCUGCGAAGACUAAUGAAACAACACUGCAUAGUCAAUUCUGAAGAGUGAACAAGAGUGUUGUGUACCAGACUUGCUAGACUUUACAAUUUAUGAUUCAGUAAGUAUAUUGAUUUGGCAAGGAUGUGGACACAAGACCGAGCGACUAAGAGUCUCAUCUACGGAGUCUCGGUGCGAUGAGGAAAUGAAUAUUGUUCAUGAACUAAGCUAGCUGUUGUAGUAGUUAGUGGCCUGCAUAUGGCUUUCCAGUAAGACGAAAGACAA